UCCUUGGGACAUCUCCUCCGGUGGCCGGCGAACAGUCUUCCUCUAGGUCCUGCAGGACUCCGAGACAUCCUUCAGUGCCCGCGCAUUCUCGCCAAGGAAAGGUUCUCUCUCUGUCUCUCUCCUGAUUUCCAUCCUCAGAAGGAUAGUCUCUACGAAAAAAACCACCAUGAUCCGCGCUACGGUCGUCAUUCUGGCAUUACUGGUGGCUUCGUCCUCCGCCAGACUGGGCGGAUUCAUCGCUGGAGGAUUCCGCAUCACUCCCGGGUUUUCCUGCGAAGGGCGUCUCUUGGGGUUCUACGCCGAUGUCGCUAACGACUGCAGGGCUUACCACGUCUGCGAACCAGUUGUAGAUGAAUUUGGACAGACUCUGGUGGGCCACUACACCUUCAUGUGUGGCCCGAACACCAGCUUCGACCAGAGACUCCUUCUGUGUAACCACCAGAGGAAAUCCUUCCCUUGUUCAGAGGCCGAGUCUAUCUACGAGGAGACUAACCUUCAGCUGAGAAUAGAGGAAGAGGAAAGACAGAGAGAAGCUUACGAGAAGAGAAACAGGGCGAUUGAAUUCUUUGAAGAAUAGAUACAUAACAGACACGUUCGUCUGGAGUCUCUUCUUGUAUUCAAAUGAGGGACAAUCGGAAUGUCUGCCUAUAGAAAAUGGAUGUAAACACUUGUGAAAUACAAUCAUAAUUUUUCUCUCUAUAAAACAAAGCAGUUGUAAAACUUGUGAAGUCUUUUCCUCAAAUUAAAGAAGACAUCUCUUA